CUUGUGAAUUUCUUCCCAUCAUUAAGUUAUCGGAUCUUACGAAACACAUUUGUUGCCCUGAUUGGAUACCCACCUGUUAAUACUAUCGCAAUUAGAUCGUACUCGAUAUUUUAUCAAUUUUUGGACAAACGAGUCCAUUUUGAAUCGAUCAUCAGCCAGAAGAAUUUCCUAUUUCUGUCCAUUCGUCAAAAUUGUUCCUCGUACACCGUUCAGAUAAGCCGAGAUCGAGAUCGUGACGGUUUGAAGAAAACGAGUGGAAAAUGUCGUCGAAUGUACGCUUUUCGCGGGGCAUUCACGCAAGAUGGUAUUCGUAAGGAUUACGCUAGAUCCUUUAAAAUAUCCCGAGCACACCUAACGAAGGCCGUGACCACGACGACGACGACGACGUCGACCAUAAUAAAAGAGUUCCGAAACAAGGAGUGGAAAAAGAAGAAGAAGAGGAAGAAAAGGAGAAAGAAGAAGAAAACGUUUUCAAUUACGGUGUCCGUCCAAACGAAAGAAAAAGACGUGAAAAUAGCGCUGCAAUCGGUAAGGUCGAACCGAACCGAACCGAAACAAAAGUUGGCCGCAGCAGCAGCGUCAGCGAGAAUAAGAGCAGCAGCCGCAGCGGCGACGCGGCGUUUUGGCCGAAUUAGCGUUAGUCGGCGAUAA